AUGAGCAAGCAAAUGAAAAACGAGGCUGGAUUUGAUAGGGCGUUUUUUUGUUUACACACAGUACACUCGAUAGCAGGCGGUAACAGACAGAGAAAGGCGGAACGAGCAGAAUAUGCGGUCGCGGGAUUGCUCCCACUGGCUGAGACGACCUGGGAUCGGGACAUGGACGUCGUUUACGUGCGGCAUGCGACUCGGUCCGACGAGGUAGCAGGGGAUAGCAAGCGGCGGUCAUGGCAGGUCACCAUCCAAGUCAACAAACAACCCGAAUUUGGCGCCCUCAUCGAAGACCCGUUUCUCGAGGCGGAAUACAAGGAAGUCUUUGAGGACUAUCUCCGCAACUCGGACCGCCAGCAUUGGAGCCUGCAGAGCCUUGAACUCGAGGAUAGCGGCACUGAUGGCGUCUCACAGGCCGAGGAUCGUAUACGUGAAUAUGGAGAGAUACUGCUCGCCCAGCUGGGCCUCUUACGACCGAGAGUGCUCCGUACGGGCAGCACCGAGGUCCAGCUCGUCAUUGUUGAACGACACGAUUCACAGGAAGAAGAUUCCAUUUACAAGAACGGAGGCAUCCACUGCCUUGCCUGGGAGCUCCUCGAAUCUGUCAGGAGCCCGCUGAUGCGGAACCUGCGCUUGAGAGUGAUGCGAAUGAGCGACUUUGCCAAUCAGCCGUCUCGACCACUGGGGCCGCCGCGGUCAUUGUCGAGCGUACAGGCCAACCCAAACGGCGUGUUUCACGUGCUGUUGGUGAUUGCUCGUGACUUCAGCCGGUCAGGGGCUGAUCGUGACCCGGAGCCCGAUCUGGCGCAGUGGCCGCUGAUGAAUAUACACAAGAAGCUGAGGAGCCGGCUGUUGUUGGAGGUGGUGCGGCCGGGCAGUAUAGAGGAGCUACAUGAGCACUUGACGGUGAGGGCUGGGCAUGGAGUGCAGUUUAACCUUGUUCACUUUGACCUUCACGGAAGGAUCAUGAAUGACGAGCACGGCCGCCAAGUCCCUUGGCUUCUCUUUGCCAAGAAGCAUCAAGUCUCCAGCUCGCACGGGUAUCAAGCUCCACAGACGCAUCUCGCCAAGGCGUCAGAUGUCGCCAAUUUGCUGGCUGGCUAUCAUGUCGAGAAUGUGGUUCUUAAUGCGUGCCUCUCGGCGUACAACCGCACGGGACCGACAACGAAUCUGGCCCACAUCUUUCUCGAGCGUGGCGUUCACAACGUGUCGGCCAUGUGGUUCUACGUGCACUGGCAGACUGUGGCAACUUACCUCGAAGCCUUCUACAAUGAGCUACUAAUUAAAGGCACCGACUUCCACGUGGCGGCGCAGCGAGGUCGGGACGCCAUUCAGCGGAAUCCUACGAGCAGGACGGGAAGACCGUACCAGGACUUCUUCCUGUGUGUCAACUACACUAGGGAUAUCCGGAGGCCAAGUGCAAUCCACCGCGAGCCGAGCCCGACGCCAUCGGCGCACUCGGCGGAGUCGUCGACGUCGAAUACUUCGAUGAAGAGCUUCAUGAGCGGCGUGUGGAGGCCGUCAACACCUCGGCUCAGUGACAGCUUUCUGAUUGGAGACGAGCCCAUCAUGCGGCUGCAGCUCCACCUCCUGGAGCUGGAGUACAAGCUCAUGUCAUCCCGGGUGGUGUAUGCCAGCGACCUACGGAGAGCCGGGUCGGACCUGAACGCGACGAUUGAGAAGAUGGUGAGCAUGUGGCUCAACACAAACCUGGUCGACGACGUGUAUUACUACAAGGCCAAGGACUUUGCUAAGCGCAAGCUGCUGACGGACUCUGUGUCGUACCGAGAGAAGCGCUCGCGAGCAUCUUCCGGAGGCUACCUGCAACUGCUGUUCCCGCGGCCCGUUCGGGCGCUUCGGCAGACGCUGCAUAUUGUGCGGGACGUGGACCCGGUGGUGGACCCCGGAUGGCAGGCCGACGACGUGGAAAACCAGCGGAGCGAGGAGCGGCGUUUCCAGGUACAGGAAGGGUUGCAGCGAUUCGCCCAGAGACUACACAGAGAGGGCCACAGCUAUCUGCUCUUCAUUGGCAGCCAGGACGCGCAGUGGUGGCGCACGUAUCUGCAGCAUCUCAAUGGCGAAUGGUGGCUACACAUGCCGUGGACGUUUACGGUGCAUAGCCGAUACGUCAGAGACGUGAUGACGGAGAAACGGAAGCCUAUUCCGCGGAUUAUGCAGUGAAAGCGAUGCGAUGCUUUAUGCGACUUUGACUCAGCGGAAGUUUUUGGCCAGGAAAACUCGGCGAGCCGAGGCUUUGGGGGCGUUUUUGUCGAUCGGGAGGCCCGGCGAAGGUGGGCUGAUUUACGGACCUUGUCUGACCGGCGAGGAUGCCGGACAGCCCGGCGUUGGGGGGAUUAUUCAUUAACGGCAAGUCUUUUUUCAUGUGAUUGAUGAUUUGUUUGUGCAGGGUGUAUUUGCAUUUUGCAUCAAAGGUAUAUACAUUUGGGAGAAGAUUGGUGCAUGCACUUUGCGAGGCUUAUAUUACAUGGAUAUGCGUGUAUGAAGCAUUGGACGGGGCAUUUACAUGGAGUAGAUAUUUCUUCUUCUUUUCUUUUCUUUUCUAUUUUUAGCAGGUAUGGCAUUUGGGUGCAUAUUACGCUUGAUGGGUGUUUAUUAUAGAUGAGCUUGCAUGGCGUGGACGUUAUUUUAUGGAGCUCUUGAUACGUAUAUAUUAUAUAUUCCUGUUG